UUCCAUUUCCCCUUCUCUUUUUUCUUUCUUCACAGUCGCCCUUCUUCCUUCUUUUCACCUCUCCGCUCUCCAGUAAUCAUCCACUGAUACAAACCUCAGCACAAAUACACUUUCUAUCAUGGCUGAUUACACAAGCCUUCCUCAGCACGAUCAGGAAGAGGUGGGACAUGCGUAUGAGCAGCCACAAAAGGGCGCCUUCCUCCGCAAAAAGAGCACGCUCCUUUUGGCUACUGCCGCCAUCGCGCUUCUCGCGACUUCGGCUUAUUUCCUGGGCGCUUCAAAUGAACUCUCUUCUAAGAAAGUCCACUUUGAGGACACAGGCAUUUCCUCCAGCCAUUUUGCAGAAGGUCUAGCCAAAUGCAAGGCUAUUCGCGACAAGAGCAAACACAAAUACCCUGCUCCUGAGUCUCGCUCAUCCAAUCCACGCUUCGUCAAUGGUACCGCCCCUACAUUAUUCAGAAAUGCCUAUAUCUUUGACGGUGUCUCAGAAGCUUUCAAAGGUGAUUUGCUCAUUGACCGCGGCAUCAUCGUCCAGGUGGGCGGUGAGAUUAAGGCGCCUACAGAUGCUAAUGUUGUAGACCUCAAAGGCCAUAUUCUGACGCCAGGUAUCGUUGACAUGCACAGUCAUUUUGGUGUCGGCUCAUGGCCUGAGCUGGAUGGAACUGAAGAUAGCAACGAAAUGACUCAACCUCUCACACCUUUUAUCCGCUCGAUCGACGGAUUUAAUCCCAGCGACCUUGCGCGUGAAUGGAUUCUUUCUGGAGGAGUAACCACCUCACUCAUUCUUCCUGGGUCUGGUAAUAUUAUGGGAGGAGAGGCUUAUGCAGUCAAAUUGCGCAAGGUUGAUACACUCAGCACUGAUGACAUGUUAGUUGAGGCUGGUGUUGAUAACAAGUGGCGUUACAUGAAGAUGGCCUGUGGAGAAAACCCGAAGAGAUUUUAUGGAGGCUAUCUCGGACGUAUGCCCUCUACUCGCCUCGGUGAAGGAUGGCUCCUCCGCAACCAGUUCGCUAAGGCUACAGAGCUUAAGCGCGCUCAAGACGACUGGUGCGAUGCAGCUGAAGCUUUACCUCGCUUUGGUCGCCACCGCCUUCAAACUCCUUUCCCGGAGGACCUCCAAUACGAGAGUCUGGUGGGGAUUCUUCGUGACGAUGUCAAGCUCAACAUCCACUGCUAUGAGACCCAUGAUUUGGAGGCCAUGGUUCGCCACUCGAACGAGUACAAGUUCAAGAUCUCAGCCUUCCAUCACGGUCUCGAUGCUUACCGGGUCCCUGAAAUCCUGAAGCGCGCCUAUAAGAAUGUCCCUACUGUGGCUACGUUCGCUGGAAAGUUUGGAUACAAGAAAGAGGCAUUACAGAGUUCUGUCAAUGCUCCAAAGACCCUCGCCGAUGCUGGCAUUCCUGUUGCAAUGAAGAGUGAUCACCCUGUCUUGAAUUCACAGCAUCUUGUUUACGAGGCCGCUCAAGCCCAUCAUUACGGCCUCUCUGAGCUCUUGGCAAUUGCAUCUGUUACGUCUGUUCCUGCCAAGGCCUUGGGGCUCGAUCACCGUAUCGGUAAGAUUGCAGUUGGGUAUGAUGCAGAUUUGGCUAUCUGGGAGAAACAUCCUUUAGCCCUUGGGGCCCAUCCUCUUCAGGUCUAUAUUGAUGGAGUUGCUCAAAUCAAAGGUGUAGACCCAUCAAAAUGGAGCAUUCAAGACGAGCCCCAAAAAUUUGAAAAGUUGCCCGAGUUGGUUGUGCCCAAGGAAAGCAAGGAUGUAUGUUCAGAGAGGGCUGAGACUGGAGUGUUUAAGGGUAUCAAGAAGCUUUUCUUAAACAAUUCGGAACAAUUCAGUGAUGAAGGCGAUUUAGUGGUAGUCAUUGACCGCGGUGAGGUCAUCUGUACGGGUCACUGCCAAACUGAAAUCGUUGCCAUGGACAAGAAGAACGCGCCGGUGUAUGAUUUAGGGGGUGAAGGGGUUGUGUUGCCCUCGUUGCUCUCUGUUGGCGCCCCUAACCUCGGAUUAAUUGAGAUUGCUGCCGAAGAUAGCACUGGCGAUGGUCACCAUAACUUGAACCCUGAGGUCAUCAAUGCUGCUGAUGGCCUCAAGUUUGGAGGACUUCAUAUGGAUGAGGCCUACAAGGCAGGUAUCCUCACUGCUGUCACUGCUCCCGAGUCGGAGCAUGUCAUUCAGGGUGUUAGUGUUGCCUUCCUUACCGGUGCUGAACAUGCCCUGUCACCCAAGAAUGCUAUUGUCAAGGAGAAGGUAGCGCUUCACGUGAAAAUUGGUCACCAAUCCAAGUCAACUUUGUUCCCCACUAUCUCCUCUCAAAUUGCUUUUCUCCGCACAUCCUUGGAGAAAAGCCUCACAGAUGUCUUGCUUCCUACCAACGAGUUCUCGCUUGCCGCUCAUGGGAAGAUCCCUCUGGUGGUCGAGGUUGACAACCGGGAUGAGAUCAUUCGCCUGAUCCAACUCAAGAAGGAUUUGGAGCGUAGCGGCGCCAGGAUCAAGGUCUCAUUGUUGAGCGCUGUUGAAGCAUGGACUGUCGCUGAGCAUUUAGCCGAAGCUGACAUCAGCGUCAUCUUGCGCCCGUACCUUUGCACUCCAGCACAAUGGACUGCUCAGCGGUGCUUACCUGGUGCACCCCUCUCCAAUGAGACAGGCCUCUCUAUCCUUUAUAAAGCCGGUGUCAAGGUUGGUUUAGCUGCCCACGAGCCCGAGGAUGUUCGUCAGCUAUCCUGGAUUGCUGGCUGGGCCCGUUCAGACUUAGGCCUUAAAGAAAAGGAUGCUGUCGGUCUCGUCAGCUGGAAUUUGGCUGAGAUCGUUGGCCUUCCCACCAACUCCUCUGGUUUAGUGUUAUACAAUGGCAAUCCCUUCGAGUUUGGCGCAAAGAUUUCUGCUAUCAUAGGUGGUGGAAAAAGUGGUAUUCAAUGCAACCCACGAGCGUUUUAGGAAAGGACUUGAAAACAAAUGUCAGGUGUCCUGUAAAUGUAUGAAUAAUAUGAUACAAUAGAAUGAGAUGAUACUUGAGCAUUUUCAGACAUUGUUCAGCUGUGUGUUUUUUGAAUCUUGAAAAUUGUUAGUUUAUAGGCUAUCGCUCCAAAACAAAGACUAGUAUACAUUCAGUAUAUUCCUAAUCAGAUAACGAAGCAUCGAUAAAAUGUAAGCAAAUGUUUAUAGAACUAGC